UGAAAUGUAUCGCUGCUGUCGUCACUCGCUGUCACCUUCGCGUCCGCUCAUCCCCUCAGGCUGCGCGGGUCUUCUUCAUCUUCAUCUUCAUCUGUAGAAUCGGGACUACCGUCAUUACUAUUACACCGCCGCGGUCUCGAGUGCUGCCUCUGUUUCCAGACCAGAAUCCUUCACUUCACUGAAUGACAUCACUCCGUGUGGCGCUCUGUGCUGUUCUUCAUCUGACCAGUGAUCUGCUCUUGGGUUAGGCUUCUGACACACACACUCCUGGAGCUCAUGAAGACUGAGCAGGAUGGGGACGUGCUGGAAGAGAGCCUGCAGGAGCCGGACCUCUACAGUCCCGUGUCUCCUCUCCCGCAGGAUCAGGCGAUCUCCACAUACUUCGAGGAGAAGGUCCCCAUCCCGGAGGAUGACCGAGCGAAGAUGUUCAGCUUUCGGAAACUGUGGGCUUUCACUGGCCCGGGUUUCCUGAUGAGCAUCGCCUAUCUGGACCCGGGGAACAUCGAGUCGGACCUGCAGUCCGGGGCUAAAGCAGGGUUUAAGCUGCUCUGGGUGCUCCUGGGCUCCACCAUCAUCGGGCUCCUGCUGCAGCGUUUGGCUGCUCGGCUCGGGGUCGUCACCGGGAUGCAUCUUGCCGAGGUCUGCAACCGCCACUAUCCCACGGUGCCUCGGAUCAUCCUGUGGCUGAUGGUGGAGUUGGCCAUCAUCGGCUCUGACAUGCAAGAGGUCAUCGGCUGCGCCAUCGCUUUCAAUCUGCUGUCGGUCGGCAGGAUUCCUCUGUGGGCCGGAGUGCUGAUAACCAUCAUCGACACGUUUGUGUUCCUGUUUCUGGACAAGUACGGUCUGAGGAAGCUGGAGGCUUUCUUUGGGUUCCUCAUCACCAUCAUGGCUAUCAGCUUCGGCUACGAGUAUGUGCGAGUGGCUCCGGACCAGGCGGAGGUUCUGAAGGGCAUGUUUCUGCCGUAUUGCAGCGGCUGUGGAGCCGAGCAGCUCAAGCAGGCCGUCGGGAUCGUGGGAGCCGUAAUAAUGCCUCACAACGUCUAUCUGCAUUCUGCUCUCGUUAAGUCACGAGAUGUCGAUCGAGGAAACAAGAAGGAGGUGAAGGAGGCCAACAAGUACUACUUCAUCGAGUCCACCAUCGCGCUCUUCGUCUCCUUCCUCAUCAAUGUUUUUGUGGUGGCCGUCUUUGCUGAGGCCUUUUAUGGCAAGACAAACAUGGAAGUGGGCCAGCAGUGUAAUGCGUCUGGAAGUCCUCACACCGAUCUCUUCCCAGCCAACAACCAGACGCUGGAGGUCGACAUCUACAAAGGGGGUGUGGUCCUGGGCUGUUUCUUUGGCCCCGCUGCGCUCUAUAUUUGGGCGAUUGGGAUCCUUGCGGCUGGACAGAGUUCAACUAUGACGGGAACCUACUCUGGUCAGUUUGUGAUGGAGGGUUUCCUGAACCUGCGCUGGUCUCGCUUCGCUCGCGUGUUGCUGACACGCUCCAUCGCCAUAUUCCCCACUCUCCUGGUGGCCGUGUUUCAGGAUGUGCGGCAUCUUACAGGCAUGAACGACUUCCUCAACGUGUUGCAGAGCAUGCAGCUGCCGUUUGCUCUGAUCCCCAUCCUGACCUUCACCAGUCUGACAUCACUAAUGAACGAUUUCGCUAACGGACUCGUGUGGAAGAUCAGCGGUGGUGUGCUCAUCCUGCUGGUGUGUGCCAUCAACAUGUACUUUGUGGUGGUGUACGUGACGGCCCUCAACAGCACCGUCCUCUACGUCUUCUCUGCCCUCCUCUCCAUCGCGUACCUGAGCUUCGUCAUCUAUCUGGUCUGGAUCUGUCUGAUCGCUCUCGGCGUCUCUCGGCUCGACUUCACCGGAUCCGUCCGGUUUCCACCCGCCGUCCUCAUCGAUGAACAGCCAGAGUUCGACUCCUGAACCAAACUCAUGAGCACCAGAAGUAUGAACGUUUGUUCUUCUAAUGUGAGGAACGUCCAUACUGGGACAAACAGUACAAUCCAAAUAUUUGUUUCUUUUCCUGUUUCCUUUGGUUUAUAGAUCUACUAUUGUAGGUCUGGCAGAGCUGAUUGAGUAGAUCUAUCGGAAUAAGUUAUUUACAGCAACAGCUGCAGAAAUAUGUGUUUAAAAUCAUUCAUUAUUGAAAUGACAAAAGAUCAGUGUGUGACGAUAAUUCAGUUUGACACACUAACUUCCUAACGACUCGUUUGCUGAUGAUCGGCCGACUGGAGCAUUUUAACAGUUAUUUAAUGGUUCUUACAUAUUUGUUAACAUGAAUAAACCGAUGAGGUGUUUUAUAAUCUGUAGUAAUAUUUUCACACUAAAACGUGUUUUAAGUGAAUAGCUGAAUCAGAGAAUGAGUAUUUAUUGAAUGGAAUGAGCAUCAUCAGCUCGUGGAUCUGUCGGACGGGUCAGAGUCUGUAUCUGGGCUUAAAUCAAACGCCCAUCGUCAAAUCUUUCAUCCAUCGUCGUUUUCAUUGAUUCGUUUCACAUCCAUUCUGAUUUUUUUUCCAUUUUUCAAAGAUUCUGUUAUUGUGCACGACUACUUCAACCCUUCGUCAGAUUUACAGAUUUUCUGCCUUCGUUUGGCAAUAUAACAGCAGUGAGACGUUAGAGAACGAAACGGGUUUCUGACUGACGUGUAGUUCGAUAAGAUGCAGAUUUUUAAAAACCUUUCAAGAAGCAACAAAAGUGCCUUUAAAUCAUUUUGACAAACUACUUCUUUCUGUCAUUGAUCUUCUGAAGUUUCAUCUCCGUCAUGUUUGUGCUCUGAAAUGCUAGUCGUGAUGACUUUAAUUUACUGUGUUUCUCUCGUAAAAACAGAUGCGAGUUAUUUUGCCGUAACCCGUGUUUGGUUCUGGUGUUCGUUUUAAACACAUUCCAUGCUGUGAACCAUGAAGAGUGGCUGAUGCAUUUAUGUCUGCAUGACAUGAUCCAUAUGCCCUGAUGAACCCGAUGUGCAUUAUUGACACUGUACAUGCUGACAAACGAAUAAAAGUCCAAAAUCUCACCAGC